ACGAGAAAGCGUAUCCUCCAUUUUAUUUCCAUUUAUUUGAUAUUUCUAAACAGAAAAAAUCAUUUGUGAUCGCGUGAUAUUUACAAGGCGUAUUUCCAAAAUAAGUGCGGAUUUCCAAAGUGAUUCCACGUUCGAAAUUUCAAUUCAAAAGACGAUUCCAUAAAGCGUGUGCUUACGUAAUAUUUUUUUCUUAAAUCAAGAUUGUGUAAGUGUUCGGAAGGCAAAGGUGAAGCGGCAAGGAAUGCUCAAGGUGGCGCGCUAGGGAAUGCUGAGCGGCGCGAUCCUGAGCGCAGCGCCGGUGUCCCUGCGCGGCCUGGCUCCAGGUCUGCCGGCCGCUCGACCCGCGCUCCUCGCCGCCCUCGUCAUGCAUGCACUACAUGACCGCCAGGAUGAGGCCAGCUUCAUAGAGAAUGGUCUUCUCUCGUACGAGAAUCCGAACUAUCACUUGGACCCAUCUCGACUAGAGUCAGCGAUAUACAGUGACUUGUACGAUAUGCAUGACGAGAAGAACACGCCGGACGAGUACGACAGCUACCUCGACAACAGGAGAGUCGAGGAUGAGGCAGCUUCGCCUGUUACAAAAACUAGUGACAAAAGCGGACUAAUCACGCCGCCUCAAAAUGGCGGCGAGGAGUCCCCCCCACCUGAGAAGGAGCGAGCAGACCGCGAGGAUUCAGAGAAGAGUCACUCGACCCCAGUGCCGCACUCUGCUGAGGGGCCAAACGAUGACCUAUACGCAAUACCGGUCAAAUUGAGACCCAAAAAGGAACCCCAACUGCCGCCAGGAUGGGAGAAACACGAAGGUACUCGUAGGAGAUAUAACGACGGACCUUAUUAUUGGCACAUAAAAAGUGGGACAAUUCAAAGAGAGAUCCCCAAGAUGCCGCCCAUAGAAGCCAAGGAGUCCCGCAUUUCCAUGGUCAGGGACUGUUCCAAUCUGUCUGAAGUCAGCAAGUAUGAGGGCAGUAUGAUGACUAGUUCCGUCACCAGGAGUACCACCAGUGGAGCUCUGGACCAUGAUGGACAGGAAGCCGAGAGGAAACGGAAAGAGGAGAUGUCUUACAAACGUCGCAGUUUCCCAGCCCGUCCAGAGCCAGACAACGGCCGUGCCGUCAGGUUUUUCGUCCGCUCCCUGGGUUGGGUUGAGAUUGCAGAGUCCGAUCUCACCCCAGAAAGGUCCAGUCGUGCGGUCAAUAAGUGCAUCGUGGACCUCAGUUUAGGCCGCAACGAUCUGCUGGACCAAGUCGGACGUUGGGGUGAUGGCAAGGAUCUCUUCAUGGACUUAGACGACGGAGCUCUAAAGCUGAUCGACCCUGAAAGCCUGAACACACUGCACACACAGCCCAUACACACCAUCCGUGUUUGGGGAGUCGGCAGAGACAACGGCCGUGAAAGGGACUUUGCAUACGUGGCCCGUGAUCGAGCGACACGCAAACACAUGUGUCACGUGUUUCGCUGCGAGGCGCCUGCGCGUAGCAUCGCCAACGCUUUGCGCGACAUCUGCAAACGCAUCAUGAUCGAGCGCUCCCUGCAACCCCCGCCACGUCCCACUGAUCUACCGGCUACUAGGCGGCCUAGACCACUGUCUGUGGGUGCAGCAUUCCCAACGCCGAUGGAGGAGCCCCGUAAGACAGUGCGCGCGCUGUACCUGGGCAGCGCGGAGGUAGCGCGUGCGACCGGUAUGCGCGUACUCAACGACGCACUCGAGCGCCUCGCCGCCGCGCGCCCGCCCUCCGCCUGGCGCCCUGUAGCUGUCGCUGUAGCGCCCUCUAUGAUCACUAUUACUGAUGAAGGGGAUACAACCCCAAUAGUGGAGUGUCGAGUCCGCUACUUAUCGUUCCUGGGCAUCGGUCGCGACGUGCGUCGUUGUGCGUUCAUAGUGCACACAGCGCAGGACCUGUUCGUGGCGCACGCCUUCCACGCCGAGCCCUCCUCCGGGGCACUCUGCAAGACCAUUGAGGCUGCUUGCAAGGUGAGGAACUUACCCACCAAGCAGACACUGCGUUACCAGAAAUGUUUGGACGCGCAUGGCGGCUCCGGGUCCCUAGGCGCGGGUCCCCUGGGCGCCGGGUCCGCAGGGUCGGACUCGUCCCGGGGCUCCAUCGGCGCCGCCCUCAAGUCCCUCGUUGGGUCGCUCACUGGGCGCAGGGGUUCCUGAACUACACUCAACUCGCCGCACUCCGAUGAUGAGCCAUUACCGCCGGAGGAGUGCGGCCCGGCGGCCUGCGACCCGAGCGACAGUGCUGCCGCCGACACACAAUAGUGUCACCGCUUGCCGCCAUUACGUCACGUCAUACUACUCACUGCUACUGUAUCGUUUUAACAGAGUAACAAUAACAUUACGCGCCUUUACUCAACUAGGAUAAUAACUAUGAUCUCAUAAUUAUGGAGGAACCUAAGCUUGGUCAAAUAAAAUGCGUGAUAGAAUAAGGAAAGAGAUUACAUAAUGUGAUUGACACAUCGCACGUUGACGUACAAAAGAGCGCGAAUCGCCAUAUUGCCGCCAUACUUGAAUUUUCUUCACCAUCCAAAUACGUUUACUUGUUAAAACGAUACAAAACUAUUAUAAGCCGACUGAGAAAAUUGACUAAAUAAAAACUAGCCAUCAUAGUUUUGCUUAACAUUAAAUUGACGAACAAAGAUCCAAGUCUGUCAAAUACAAGGACGAUUAGUCGAUAAUUUGACAAGCAGGACUUAUAUUAUACAUUUCAAACAAACUCGACUGCAUCAAUUAACAUAUCUAUUAGUUUUUUUACGCUAAUAGGCUCCCAUAUUUAGUGGAAAUAUAUUAAAUACUUAUCUACAUAAAUAAUUACGUGCAAUAUAACAAUAGACAUGGGUAAUUUUAUGGAUUAAUUUAAGAAAUAAACAGGAACGUGUUUUAAUAUUAACUAUUUCUGUUAUUUUGUUGAUUUUCAAUCUAAGUACUUAAACUUGUACAUAAAAAUGUUAGAGUUCUGUAACUUCACAUUUCUAACGAACUUUGUGAACUAGAUGUGAAAAUGUCAGAAAAAAAAAACUAAAAAUACCACUGUGAAGUUACUAAAUGUUUGAAUGAAGUUUUUAAACUAAUUUAAUUAAUGUUAGAGUAAGCGUAAGUUGGUGUUUUAUAGUGACAGGUUAUAUCGCAACGUUAGGCAAGCUAGCUUCUUCCAUAUCUACUUUUAAACGCCCUAAGUUUGGUACUAAGGUUUAUACUUAAUCAGACUGUAUUACUAAAACAUUAAUUAAAUUAAAUACUCCCAUUGUUACCUUCCCUGCUUAUACUCUGUUGAACUAUGUGUUACCUCGAGUUGUAUAAAACCUCUACUUUGGUGUUAGAUGUUAAAUUUUAAACUUAAAAUUGAUAUUUAAUAUUUAAAAUGUAACGGCGAUUUUUCUAUAAGUUUGUCUUACAAACUACAUAGAAUAAAUAUUGCGUUCUUUUAAAUAUUAAAUGAAGUUAGGAAUAACAUUCUAGAAUAUAAUCGCUGAUGUCCAGAUAUCAAACAAUAUUUAGGGCUGAUGUUUGUAAUAAAAAUAAAUUGGUGUGUUGCCAAAUUCAAGUGUUAAAUUACUCGACAUAAAAAACGCGGAUUUGACAUUUGAGUUUGACAUUUUAUUGUUAGGAUUUACCAAAUUCUUGGUCUCUUGAAGGUUACCCUAUAAAUUACUAGUCCAUAGAAGUAGGUACGUUAAGCUUUUGUAAAUUUAAUGCUAUUUAUAUAUAUUACCAGUGUGACACAAUAUCUCGUCACAACACUAUUGAUGUUAACAUAGAUUUUGUGUAAAAUUAAUUGUAAGACUCAUACUUUGGGAUGUCGGAAGUUCUUUGUAAAUAAUUGUAAACUUAAUGGGAGUAAAUAUAAGGUAGAUAAUGGAUUGAUAGAGGGCAGUUCCCGGUGAGAGCUGGCCUGGUAGGAGCACGCUAUGGAUAGUCAAUCGUAUGCUGACUAUAAUAGAUGUAAUAUUGCAGUGUGUGUGGGAAGUAUUGGUGUUGAGCACGGUAUGUACCUAGAGAAUAAGGCAUCAAUGGUUUCCAAAAAACUUUGGUUCGUAGUAUAAUUGUAACGAAUAUAGGACCCUAUGAUUAUAAAUAAAGAGUUUAUUUUUGCUUAAGCUUUAAGAUAUUGAGGAUUUCGAUUGCUAAAGAUAAAUAUUUUUUGUAUGAUCACCUCAUAAGUAUUUAUAACAUUUAUAUAAAUCUAAGCUUUUUGGGCGUAAAUUAUCCCUUUAGUUCUGCAUUGUGAGGGCUCAAAUUUAAAGUCCAAGUCUAUAAAAUAUGUGACGACUUAAUGUCAACACUCAGAAACUAGACUUUAAAUAUUGAGUGAUGGUAAGAUCCACCAUCAACAUAUAAUUUAGAGAUCCAUUCAAAUCGCUAACCUCAUUGUUACAAGGGUGUUCGAAACACAUUGAGCUUUCAAUAUUAUAUAUUUAUACGUAAUAUUCAAAUCCGCUCGUAUUUAAAUUAGAAUAAAACAAAUCGUAAAAUCGGCCAUUUUACAUGCAUAAAAUAUAAAACAAAAUGGCUGACGAGUUGCCAUGUGCGGCUUACGUAGAUUAGAACAUUUUCAUAAGGAGAGCUGUAACGAAAAGAGGGAAUUGGGACCCAUGAAAAAAAGAUUUUCGAAUUAAAUUUGACUUUGCCAUAGUUGAAGUUAACCCGUUGACCUUUAAAGACUUCAAAACUAGGAAACCAGUCAACUAUGGGAAGUGAAAUGAGUUCCAAAGUUACUUGAAACGUAUUAUUACUUAAUUAAAAGUGUUUUUGUGUCUGUAACACUUCGACAAAUAUAGUUAACUUGAUAGUGUAUGAGAGAGAGAGCGACCUCUGAAAAGGUAUGACGUCACUACACAAUUUUAUUGUACGAUGACUCAGACGACAUUCAAAAGACCUUUAUCAACAAACAACUAUUUAGAGGUCGUUCUAUUUCACUAGAAUAAGGCAUUCGAGUUAGAAUAUCACAAAAUAGCUUCAAAGUAUAUUUCAAAUAUUAGAGAAUCAGUGUCGCUUCACACUUAUAUAUAAAUAUAAUGAUACACUGAGCUGUUCUGUAAUACGUAACGUUAGCAUAGUGUUAUUCACACUCUAAUACUAAGUGAAAGUCAUUAUUUAUACAAGAAUAUAUAAAUAUAUAAGGGCGGGGUUGUCAUAGAGGAACGUUUAGAGGUAGGUACUCUCUACUCGUUGUUUUAUGAGGGCUCUCUUCGCGCAAUACAUUGUGACAAUGCAAGCUUCAACGGCCUUUUAUCUGGUGGAGUAUGUCAAUAUUUUCUAUAAAGUAAACGUUUAUGUAGUUUAUUAGAUAGCUUGUGAAUUCCUGUUUUCUAGCUCACUGUUGAAUACGAUCGGGAAGAUGUUAUAUACAGUCAUCGCUUGACAGCUUAAAAGCCUUCAAACUGUGGCUUUUAAUGAAUACUUUUGUGAAAUUAAUAAAAAAAUAUUCAUACACA